UUAGUGAUGUCACGAGCGAAAGUGGCUCCACUGAAACGUCAGUCGAUUCCACGGUUGGAAUUAAUGGCUGCCGUCCUCGGUGCUCGACUGAGUCGAACGGUUCUAGGGAUGCACUCCCUGGAAAUUACACGUUGCAUUUUAUGGACGGAUUCUCGUACGGUGUGUAGCUGGCUGCAAUCGGAUCAGUACAAGUUUAAGCAGUUCAUAGCCUUCAGAGUCGGCGAAAUUCUUGAACUGACAAGGGUAAUCGACUGGCGCUGGUUGCCGACGAAGCUGAAUAUUGCGGAUGUGCUGACUAAGUGGGGAUCCGGGCCCCCGCUGAGCAGCGACGGAGAGUGGUUCAACGGGAAAUCAUUCCUGUAUUAUCCGGAAGAGGAGUGGCCGAGCAAGGUGAUGCCGUUUGAGGAAACUAGCGAAGAGGCGAGAGGAGUAGUGCUAUUCCAAGAACUGAUCGACGUCAAGGCUACUUCGCGGUGGAUGGCACUGGUGAGAGUGACUGCAAGCGUGGUUCGCUUCAUUGCGAAUUGUCGGCGAAAAAAAAUGGGACAGCCGAUCGUGACGUCGAAAGCCACGGAGACUCAACAGCGGUCGAUUAAGUCGAAGUAUUUGGCGAUUGUAAAACCGCUCCAGCAGGAGGAACUCCUGGAAGCCGAAACGAUCCUGUGGAAGCAGGCGCAGUUCGACAGUUUCCCGGACGAAAUGAGUGCGUUGACCAAGAAUCUCAAUCUGGAGCCGGGACAGAUGCCUUCGAAAAUACAGCGGUCGAGUACCCUGGUCAAACUGACUCCGAUACUGGACGAUGAAGGUGUGCUGCGGAUGGGAGGAAGAUUCGAAAAAUCGGACGACAUCUCGUUCGACCAGAAGUUUCCGAUCAUUCUUGCUCGGCAGCACGACAUCACCAAGAAGUUGAUUCAGUGCUACCACGAAAGGUUCGGACAUGCGAAUCGAGAGACGGUUUGCAACGAGUUGCGUCAGAAGUUCUGGAUUCCGAAUAUCCGUGCAGCGAUUAUGGAAGUGAUGCGGGAGUGCAUGUGGUGCAAAGUCCAUAGAUGUCGUCCACAAGUACCAAUGAUGGCGCCUCUCCCGACUCGACGCAUCAGAGCAGGAAUUCGUCCUUUCAGUUCGGUCGGCUUAGACUACUUGGGACCAGUAGAUGUAUCGGUGGGAAGAAGAAAAGAGAAGCGAUGGGUGGCCGUGUUUACGUGUCUCGCCAUCAGAGCGGUGCAUCUCGAGGUGGUGAACAGCCUGACAACACAAUCGUGCUUGAUGGCCAUCCGCCGGUUUUCCUGUAAGCGGGGUGCUCCUGAUAUUAUAUUUUCAGAUAACGCCACUUGCUUUAAGGGUGCUAACAACGAGAUGCUGAAAACGUUACAUGGCGAUUGUGAGGAGGAAAUCACAACUGCAAGAACGGCCUGGCGAUUCAUUCCGCCUGGCACCCCGCACAUGGGUGGUGCAUGGGAGCGAAUGGUUCGUUCCGUGAAGGAGGCAAUGAAGGCAUUGGAAGAUGGAAGGAAGCUGACAGACGAGAUUCUGGUGACAACACUGGCGGAGGCAGAGGACAUGAUAAACACACGUCCUCUCACGUACAUGCCUCAGGCGUCUGCCGAAAAUGAAGCUCUGACACCGAACCAUUUUCUACGAGGAAUAGUAAAGGGCGCGGAUCUCCUAGUGGACAGGGGUGGGAAUCUAGCGGAGGCUUUGCGUGACGUGUACAAGCGAUCGCAGUACCUGGCAGACCGGAUGUGGGAACGUUGGAGCAAGGAAUAUUUGCCAACGAUAAACCGUCGCACAAAGUGGUAUGAUGAACGAAAGCCGCUGGAAGCAGGCGACCUUGUCUUCGUCGUGGAUGGUAAGGACCGGAAGAAUUGGUCUAGAGGAAUUGUCGAGGAGGUGGUUCAAGGGUCCGAUGGUCGGAUACGUGAAGCGAAAAUAAGGACUGCGACAGGGAUCCAUAGACGAGCCGUCGCGAAUCUGGCGGUGCUAGAAAUCAAGGAUGGUAAAUCCGGAUGUUCCGAGGAAAUACCGGAUGUUACGGGCUGGGGUGUCAAUACCGCUGGGCACACUGGAGUUGACCCAAUCGACUAAUGUGCCGAAUCGGUUGAACCCUCUCCAUAUUGACAGAGGAUAUGUGUUGAUAAACAAAUAGUAGCAGAAGGAAAUCGUGAAUCGAAUUGGCAGAGUGUAGAAGAAGUUUUUUUUUGAUAUUUGGGAAAAGUAGAGAUUUAGUAGUUUGUAGUUGUUGUGUCGACCUGUAAGUAAAAGCAAAAUUCAUUUAAAAUUAAGUGUUAGGCGAAACAGUUUACUUACCCGUUUGUAACCUACCUGUAGACACACCUACGAAGGAAUCUAGCAGAGAAGAGGAAAGGACACGGAAGAAUCUGGGAUCAGGUAGAGGAUAAGAAUUGACAUUAAAACAACAGGAUAGUAUAUUUUCGGAUUCAUUACACCGGACGGUGAGAAGAGAUUCAACUAGGG